AAUCUCUCAAUAGAGUUCAUGGGGCGUCCAUCUCUAUUACGGACUUUAAUAAAGUCGAUAAGCAAGGAUGGGCAAAGUAUGGUUGAAAAAUAUAGAAGAGAGCCUAAGGGGAACGAAAAUUUUCCUCUCACUCGCAGGGUUGGGGUUUGUCUUCAAAGGGCACCUCCCAUACGUAUCCGCAGUCAUUGCUAACAAGUUGGUAGCCUUGUGCCUCCUUGGGUACUCCAUCUAUCAAUACUUGGAUCAGAUAGAGAAGGUAUCCAACAUAGUCCAUCAUGCCAUACUCACCUUGGACGUCUGUAUAGCUCUAUUCAUAGGUUACAUAUACCGUGAUGUGUUCAAAUUUCUCCUGAAUGAUCCUAGCUCGAGUUACCACUACGAGAGUGAAAUGAUGUCUAAAAAGAUGGAAGAAGUCAAAGAAGUUGUCCGUACGAACUAUAAGGAUAUGUUCAAAUACAUCGUAUGGAGCAUGGUCUACCUCCUCAUGCUGAUGAACACCCUGGCGAUCUGCCAGAGGUACUUCAACAACGAAGAUAUCCUCUUGCUCUUUCCUUGCUACUUCCCUUUCACCAUUGACAGCUACCCGGUCCAUAUCGCCGUCUUCAUAUGGCAGGAGUGCAUCGUGUUCUAUAUAGGCAUCAUGGUCUUCUCUUCCCUAUUCUUCUUGCACUGCAUCUACAGUCAUGUGGUGACCGAAAUAGACAUACUCAAGUUUGCAAUGAACAACAUAGAAGAGAGGGCAUAUGAAAUGGCUAUGAGUCAAAAAUAUUAUGGUGACCGAAUUGUUCAGCCAGAAAUAUUGAGCCGAUGUUAUGUCAAGUGUACUAGAAUGUGCGCCGAGCACCAUUCCGCUAUAAUUAGGUAUUUUCAUAAAGGAGAAUUGCUUAUAGAGAUUGUGUAUUUUGUUAUUUUCCUAACAGGCCUUGUUGUCUGUACUUGUACAGGAUUCGCCUUGAUUUCCGAAAAUACAUCACUCAAAAUAAAGUUUGUUGGAAUAACAUUUAUUCAAAUAAUUUUCCUAUACAUUAUGUGUUGGUUAGCAGAAGAAACAGCAGAGCAGAGCCUGUCAGUUGGGGACAUUGUUUAUGUAAUGGAAUGGUACAGGUUACCCAAGGAAUGCCAGACUAUUUUAAUGAUAAUGAUGAUCAGAGCCAACAAGCCAUUGCUUAUGAGAAUGCUUACGGGACAAAAAGUGGAUUUGGCAGCAUAUAUGGCAUUGAUCAAGGCAUCGUAUUCCUACUUCAACAUGAUGUUGGCAACUAUGCAAUAAGUUAAUUUAUUAUAUUAAACAGCCC